AUGCCUCAAGGGAUGUACUUUCCUCCCCGUGACUACUGGCACUUGUUGACCACAUCUUUAGGGGAGCUGACAUCAUCCAUUGAUCAGUUGAGGCUGGAGCAUUGGGACCAGUCUACUCUCUUCCAUCAGAUGAUGGAAGAUCAAAGAAGGAUGAUGGAGGAGCAGAGGAGGCAAGGGCAUGACAUUGAGGAGCUCAAACGCUCCAGAAGAUUUUCCAGAGGGAGCAUUGCCACUGAUGGUAUCUCUACAAUAAUGAAAUGUUCUGAGGCAGGCGCGACAGAUGCGGAGUCCGCGUUGAAGUUUUUGGGAACUUUAAGGACGACUGAUUCCAGGAUGUUCUGGAGCGUGUUCGGGGAUGUCCUGGGUUUUGAUGCAACUUACGGUCGUAACAAAUACAAGUGCCCUUUGGUAAUAUUCUCAGGGGUGGACCAUCAUAUGAGGACGGUGGUGUUCGACUGCGCCAUAUUGAGCAACGAGAGCGAAGCAAGCUAUGUGUGGUUGCUGCGGUCAUUCCUUGAGGCAAUGAAGGGAAAACAGCCGAAGUCUGUCAUCACGGACGGUGACCUCGCCAUGAAGAGUGCGGUUAGCACAGUUUUUCCCGGUGCACAUCACAAGUUGUGUAGCUGGCAUUUGUUAAGGAACGCCACUGCUAGAGUUGGACGGCCGAGUUUUCUCAGGAAAUUUCGUCUGUGCCUCAUGGGAGAUCUAGAGGUUGACGAAUUUGAGACAAUAUGGACGGAUAGUGUGGCGGACCACGGGUUAGAGGAUCAUCCGUGGAUAGUGGAGAUAUAUGCCAAGAAACAUUCCUGGUCCAAUGCCCAUAUCCAGGGGAAAUUCUUCACAAGUCUGAAGACGACAUCCAGGUGCGAGGCUUUGAAUAUGCAGCUUGGAAAAUUUAUACACAACGGGUACAAUCUGAGGGAGUUUGUGGAGCACUUCCAACACUAUUUGGAGUUCAUGAGGAGGAGAAAACUAGUGGCAGACUACAAGUCUGCGUAUGGCGAACCUGUUGUGAAGACGAAACUCGAGGCCAUUGAGCAGUUCGCUGCAACGGUUUAUACAAGAGAGGUUUUCGAACUGUUUCGGGAGGUGCUGAUGCUAGCCAGCAACAUUAGAGUUGUGUCCACCAAGAGGACGAGCGCUUGUGUUUUGUUCGAGGUUGCAAUGUACUGCAAGCAGAGAUCAUGGGCCGUGUCCUGGGCCGAGGAAGACGACGAAUUCAGCUGUUCUUGUCAGCGGAUGGAGUUUUUUGGGCUUCUUUGUGUCCACAUGGUUGUGGUUCUAGUUUAUCUGAACAUGACAGCUAUCCCCAAAGGCCUAAUACUUGACCGGUGGACAAAGAGGGCAAAGCAGCCGCGUGCACCCUGCGACGAAACUCGUGUUGGGGAGAUCCCAGACGCGGCAUACAUGAGCAUGCACGCGGCGAUGCUGGAUGAUUGCAGGGAGCUGGUGAGCCUGUCUUGCCAGUUUUUCGAGGACUACGUGGACGUGAAAACAAGGUUGGCAAAGGAGCGUCAAUCCCUGCAGGACAAACAUCGCCAAAGGUUAGGUGUUGCUGAGGAGGCCAGGAGGGUGUCUGUUCGAGACCCGAUGCGGGCAAGGUACAAAGGAUACGGUCGAAGAGUUGUUACCUCUCGGGGAAAGUUUCGCCGUGUUCAGAGGUGUCGAUUGUGUGGAAAGGGCGGACACAAUUCUCGCAAGUGUCAACAAUCGAGUAUGGGGGAGAACAUCGACAGUUUCGAGGUUGGCACGGCUUACGAAAGCAUGGAGGCAGGAGAGGGGGUGAGGAGUACUACGAAUUUGAGUGAGCUGGCUGUACUGUUCUUGUUGGCGGUUACGCAUCGAGUCGAGCUGGAUUCAGUUUGGGUGGCUGCUAAGAGCCGUACUUGCUGGCGUGACAUCCGGAAGGGCGUAUGCAUAGCGCAAUGUGAGUUAAGAAUUUUAUAG